AUGGCCGGGAGGGGGCAUAUCUCCGCCGUCAAUGUGCAUCACUGCACGAAAUGGCUCGAUCUGCAUGAGCCGGGAUGCGUGAUCUACGUGGCUCUGGGCUCGUUGGCGCGCCCCGCGCCUGAGCAGAUGAUGGAGCUGCCGCUCGCUCUUGACGAAUCGAAUAGGCCUUUCGUUUGGGGCUUGGGGGGAGCUUCGUCUCCGGCGUUGGAGGGUAUGUUUGUGGAGAGUGGAUUCGUGCGGAGGACUAGAGACAGAGGCUUCUUGAUUCACGGUUGGGCGCCACAGCUCGUGAUCCUAUCACACCCUGCGGUUGGGGGGUUCUUGACGCACUGUGGAUGGAACUCGAAGGUUGAAGGGAUCACGGCGGGGUGCCUUGGUGUUGCGUUUGGAGAGGAGGAGAAGGCUGAGGUGUUCGUGGCAAAGGAUGCUAUCAAGGGAGCUUUGGUGGUGUUGAUGGAGGAAGGUGCAGAAAUGAGGGUAGGAGAGCUCAGUUUACACAACGUGGCUGGUGGUGGCGUUGUCGACGAUGGAGCUGGUGGUGGUGCUGGGCAGCGGAGGAAGAGGGCUGGCGGAGGAAGGGAGGAAGAGGAGCUGGAGGCAGGGCAGCAGCUACGUAAAACGACGUCGUUUUACGAUUUUCCGAUGCCGGACACGUCAAUAUUCAAGCAUGCCACAUAA